AUGUCACAACCAAUCGCCAUCACCUUCCAUUUCCCUCCAUCCAACAAACCUUCCUCUCGUACUCUAUCAAAGAGGAAAAUCGCAACCAACAACCGUGUCCUCUCUUCCCCAUAUAUCACCAUUGAUAAAUCCACUCCCACAGCCAAACCCAAACCUACUCCACAGCACAUCACCACUGCUGAAUCUACUACCUCUACAUCCACCUCAUCAUCUUCUACAGCCAUUCCAACCCCUACCGGAUCGAAGAGACGUAAAGGUCCAGUAUUCGUCGUUCCUUCUUCCGACAAAUUAGCAUCUCUCACUCCCCUACUCCGACCCAUCGUCGAUAGAUGCUCCACGACCGCCAUACCCUCUUCUACCCAGGAAACUUCCCUAUCGCAUCAUUCGCCAUCUCGUAAACGAUCCAAGAAAUCUACACCUGUACCCACGAUCCUACCACUAAGUCAUCAUCCGUACUCGCGAUUAAGCGAUUUGUCCAAUACCCGAUCGAACGUCCCGUCACCUAAAGAGGUAGAGAGGAAUAAGAGAUUGGAAGAGGAGAAGGUGCAGAUGAAAAAGGAGAAUGCGGCCAUAGCGAGAGCCAAUGCAAUUGCUAAAAGGAAAUCAAAUAGAAAGACAGUCAGUGGAGGAGGUAGAAAAGGAACCACAUCUAGAAGAUCAUCUUUCGAACAGUUCAAAUCUCCCAGUCCAGAGGAGAAGACCGUUCCGGUCAUCACCACUCAGGCGGCAUCUGAAGAUGGAUCGUCACCUAUACUAGGAGGUAGAUCGAAUGGAUUGAAAAGAACAAGAAGUCAGGGAGUCAUACCCAUCUUGACUAGCGGGUUAAGCAGUGUAGUGGGUUCACCUGUGAUUGGCAGCCCACUGAAAGAAGUGAUGAGUAGAGAACAAGAGGAUGAGAUGGGACCUAGGAAGAAAUCAAAGCUAUCGACCGAUGUUAUGGAAAGGAGUAAUGCUAGAAGAGCCAAUACUCAUUCACCGGUUGGGACUCCCUCGACUUUACCUGAAGGUCUAGAUGCAGAUCUGCAAGAGAGAUUGACGAAGACUGUACCGCUCUCUCAUGGUCAGGUCUUACCCAAAUCUGUGACUGGUGGAAUCGGCUUACGACGGUCAGUAUCGAAUUCGACACCUCCAACUACUUUCAAUAGAGCUGGAAGUGUAGCUAGUGUCGGAUCAAGUGAUAAUGGGAGGAUCAGAAGGGAGACGCAGUUACCCGAGAGAUUAAGGGAUUACGAGAUGAAAGCUGCUAUAUAG